CACGCACGUCACUCGCCAUUGGUAACUUCUGCGCGGCAGGGAACGGCCGUGGCCGCACCAGAGAGAGAGAGACAAUUGCGUUCCAGACGAGGCUUUAUUUGACACACUCACACACGACCCACGCUCAUUUCUCCGCUAUUGUCGCAGCGGCGGUGGUCGACGAGGUCCUUGGUUGUGUCUUUGUGAGUCGAUGUCUCUGAGUCGCGGACUAACGUGAGUGGUGAGCGCGCUGGCGAAUGAGACGAAGCGGCAGCAGCAGCAGCAGCGAUGGCUGAAUGAGGCCCACCACCACCACCACUUUUGGCCACUAACAGCCCCGGUGGCUUUAGUGUUCUCCGUGUUGUUGUUGUUGUUGUUAUUGUUUUAAAGGGUAGUGGUGGUGGUCGUUGUUGUUGUUGUGAACGCAAUGGCGACCGUGGGCCACGGCGACACGGGGAACAGAAGAGACGUGGGCAGCGGCGUGGUGGGCGCGCGGGGCGACGGGGACACCACGAUGGCCUCCUCCUCCUCCUGCAGGGCCUCCACCACCUCCACCACCUCCUCCACCACGGCCUCCACCAGGGCCUCCACCAGGGCCUCCUCCUGGAGGGCGGCCGCCCUCUGGGUGUCGUGCGCCCUCGGCGCUGCGCUGCUGGCGGCCGCGGUGAAGUUGUACGCGGACAGGGGCGUGAUGGAGAGACAGGAAAUGGCCCUGCGAACACUGGGCAAUGACGGGCUGUUCCUUUUCACCUCCCUGGACACCAACAUGGACAUGCAAAUCAGCCCCGAGGAGUUCCGGCCCAUUGUCGACAAGAUCAUAGGGCCGCCCCCUUCGGAGUAUGAAGGAACGCAAGAGGCCGACCCGCAGGGGGAGGGCCUCACCAUGUUGGCUCGGUUUGAGCCGCUGCUGAUGGAGACCAUGAGCAAGAGCCGAGACGGAUUCCUGGGGGUUGGACAGAGCUGCCUUGCCGGUCUGCGCAGCUGGAAGAAGGCGGAGACCCCAAGUCAGCACUUUGGCGCAAACCAGUUCAAGGUGUUUCUGCCCCCAAAGAGCGACCUAGAGCUGGGGGAAGCCUGGUGGAUCGUGCCCAACGAUCUGAACCUCUUUACCGGGUAUCUGCCCAACAGCCGCUACUACCCACCACCGCCUGUUGCAAAAGAGAUCAUCAUUUUCAAGCUUCUGAGCAUGCUUCACCCACGGCCCUUCGUGAAGUCACGCUUCGCCCCCCAGGGUUCCGUGGCGUGCAUUCGCGCACAGAGCGACAUGUAUUACGACAUCGUGUUCAGGGUUCAUGCGGAGUUCCAGCUCAACGAGCCGCCCGCCUUCCCGUUCUGGUUCACCCCGGCGCAGUUCACCGGACAUGUGACCAUCGCACGGGACUCCUCCCACGUCCGCGCAUUCCACAUGUUUGUGCCAAACAAUCGGUCCCUGAACGUGGACAUGGAGUGGCUGUUUGGCUCCAUGGAUCAGGGCAACAUGGAGGUGGAUAUUGGAUUCAUGCCAAAGAUGGAGCUGGUUGCUGAAGGACCUUCAGUGCCAGCGCUGAUUUACGAUGAAAACGGCAACGCGAUUAACACGAGCGACCCGGACGCGGAGCCCAUCCAGUUUGUGUUUGAGAACAUUGAGUGGCGGUCAGAGAUCAGCUUCCAGGAAGCCUACAGACAAAUGGAGGUCGCCAUGUAUCCAUUCAAGAAGAUUCAAUAUCAUCCUUUCACGGAAGCCUUUGAAAAAGCAAAGGCAGAAGACAAGCUGGUCCACUCCAUAUUACUCUGGGGGGCGUUGGAUGACCAAUCCUGCUGAGGUUCGGGGCGAACCCUCCGGGAGACUGCCCUGGAGAGUUUGCCCGUCCUCGCCCUGCUGAGCGAGAACUUCAUCAGCAGCUGGUCGCUGGUCAAGGACCUGGAGGACCUGAAGAAGCAGGAGGAGCAAGCGGAGCAUGCGAAAUGGGCGACGCUGCACCUCGCAAAAUACACAUUCCCAGUGGAGAUGAUGAUUGCCCUGCCAAACGGGACAGUGGUCCAUUGCAUCAAUGCCAAUGACUUUUUGGAUGCUACCGCAGUAAAAGCAGAGGACCUGACACCGGACCUCCCAGCCGAGUUCCUGGACCCAACGAGCACGACCUACCUGAAGUUCCUCAAGGAAGGCCUGCAGAAGGCCCAAACCUACCUGCAGGCGUAAAGCACUUGGGGCAUGUAUACCUAUCAAGCAUCCACAUCACUGAACCAUCCCAUGGUUAAAUCAUGCUUAGUAUUCUUAUUUAACAAGCUAAUUAAAUCUUGACUUAAAGCUUUCGUCACUGCAGGAAUUCAUACUCUUUGGGUCUUUCGGUAAAGUCACGUAGAUAGAAAAAUUAACCAAUGUACUUUUUCGUGGCUAUGGGAGUUAUUACAGAUUCUUGUCGUCACCGUUAACCAGCAGAAUAAAUUAUUCGUCACGUGUGCCAAAUGUGCUUGGUUAGUUUUGCAGAUUAGCCAAAAUGUGGUUUUGUUUUCCUCUUGCAGUAUUUAUCUUAAAUUGGUCUCCACAAUUGCAGAAUGUUUUUUCCAUUUUCCUUACGAGCAACAUUUUAUUUAGCUAAAUUAAGUUUUUUAAUUUUAUCUUGAAGUAAAUAGUCACGUGACCUGAAAAUAUUUUCAUUUAUAAGAAAUAAUGUGCAGUGGCGACUGCAGACCUAAACACUACCCUUAGAUCGAAUUUGACAUGCGUAGGUGUUCAUACUUGAAAAAAGAAUGCAGUAAAACCUUGGAUUGCGAGUAACUCGGUCUGCGAGCGUUUUGCAAGACGAGCAAUUUUUUUUAUAAAUAUUAAUUUGAUAAACGAGCGAGGUCUUGCAAUAUGAGUAGUACGUGUAUAUGCUUUGCCGAGCGUCACGUGAUCACAACUGAUUUACGAGUGCUUUGGAUUACAAACACGUUUCCGGAACGAAUUAUGCUCGCUAUCCAAGGUUUUACUGUACUAAUAUUUUCACUUACUCGACUAUUUUCAGAGAAAGUGCGAACCGUUUUUAAUAUUCUAACCUACGAUUCAUGGACAGAAAUGUGAGCAGUGUGGAGCAGCAGCAGCAGUGUUGCCCUCAGUAGGACAAACGAAUUUGUAUUUCACACUCAACCUUAAUGCAAUCCACGUAGAGAGACUAGUAAGCGAAUGCAAGAUUACAAAAUGUGCAAAGAUUUGUCCCAUGUAGUUUAGACUUGAAAUAUUGCCCCAUACAUGUGGUUUCAUUACCAGUACUGUGUAGGUACCAGAAGUAAAUUUGUUUUGCAGUUACAAUAAUGGUUCAGAAAUGUCAAGAUCCUAAAAAUGUUAAUAAUUUAUUAUGAAAACAAAAUUUACCAACAUGGAUACAAAGCCCUUCAAUCCAAUCUACUGGAACCUAAGCUGGCCAUUAGUGCGAACAACCUUCCAAUGUUCUGAAAAUUAAUCUUUGUUCUUCGUGUAUCAUUCAUGAUAAAUCUUCAAAGCACAUUGCUACACAACGUAACCUUUUAAAAUAACCAACACACACCAAACCCUUGGGUCAAACCUCUUCCUUUCUUUAUCUUGCAUUGAAUUAAGUAUCUGAACUAUCCUCAAGGUUAUACGAAAACACUCGCCCCAACAUAUUUGUUUUUAUUUGCAGUGUUAUAAAAUACUUUAAGCCUAAAUGUUUUGGCAAUGAAAAGGCCAUAUUGCCACUGGGUAAAAAAAUGCAACUCUCUAAAUAAUAACUAGCUCAUCCAACUGGAGAGGAGGCACGCGAUGACGUCUGCGUUGUCGUCAUUAGUUUCCUUUCGCCAGCAGAGCGUGCAACGUGGCCGAGUUGCCAGACACCCGAAGGCUCCGUCUCAAUGAAGACUCUGCCAAAAAUCCUGUCAAGGAGGGGCUAGGUCAGACCCCCGAUGGAGCUGUCCGCGGUGUGAUGGUGCCUCGGCUACCAAGCCAUUCUGCUGGCUGUGGGGAAACCCGCUGUUAUACAGGUGCCUAUACUCACCCAGCCAAGACUCAUUCGUAAGCAUUCCCCUCUCCCGCUGCCAAUGGAGGCAGAACGAGUGCUCCAAAUGGCAUUGAAUGAGCAUUUUCAUAGAUGGUGGAAAGUGGUGGUAAUAGCAUCGCUCAAAUACUUGAGACUGUCAAAUGAAUGGUUUGCCUUGUGGAACGCGUCCUUACGUUGGGACUAUAUUAGACAAUCGAUUGUGUAAACAGUUGUCUCUAUACGUAGUGAGUUGGGGAUACAAUCUCAGCAUUCUGUUUUGGCUCGAAAGAGCCCAGGUUGCAAGAAUGUGCCCAACUUGUUUACUCUUAGUAUCUCUUCAAGCAUAAACUGCGUGUUAUUUUUAUGCUGAUAUUUUAAUGAUUGCUAUGACCAGGCAAUGGUUGUUUUUUUUCUUCUGGAGAUUUUUGGGGGAGAUAAUUCUUUGGAAUUUUUUUUUUCAUGUAUAACACUCUGAAGUGCAGUCAGCUCUUACUGUGAGCAUACUUUAAAACAGGAUUGUCUUUGUUCGUAAAAUAUAACAUUGUUUACAAGUGUCUUCAAUCCUGGCUUUCCCAUGAAGGACAUGUGCAAAUUGUGGCAUGGUACAGCUCAUUCGUAUGCUACUCUAUUUAUGGUUGGCAUUUUUUAUUAAAACUAUAUCCUUUUAUACUCGUAUACAAUAUUUUGUAGAUGUACAAUUAGUGUAAUCAUGUUUACGCUAAGCUCCCGACAUUGUAAUUCCAGACUUUGGAAUUGUGUUUUCAUUUUCAUGUUUUCAUUGUAUAUUAAGUGCCAAAUGGUAUUUUGAAAGAAAUAUAAAAGAAACCAGCAGUGA